CCGGCCGCUCGAAACAUUCGAUCGGUGAAGUCAGGCGGGCUUGGUUCUCGGUUCUCGGCGUGUGGCAGUUGACUGUUUAACAGAUUCGAUUUUUGAAAAGUUUCAAUGAAUCCCUGAAAGAUUCUUAAGUGUCUGGAACUGUUACUAUUGAUUAAAGAGUGAAUUUAAAGUGCCCUUUGGAAAAUAAAGUUUAAUAAAUAUGAGUGCAUCAUCAGCAGCAACCACCAAUGGACAUAUUGGCAAUGGUCACCUGAGCGCUGCUGCUGGCGAGGAGGACUUGAAGAUCGCGAUCAUUGGGCAGAGUAAUUUUGCGGCGGAAGUGCUGGAGAUUCUGCUGGAACGGCACCAUCAGGUAGUGGGAGUUUUCACGAUUGCCGAUAAGGGGGCCCGGGAAGAUGUGCUGGCAACGACGGCUCGGCAGCUGGGAAUUCCGGUGUUUAAGGUAGCAGCAUGGCGGAGGAAGGGCGUUCCAAUUGCCGAGGUACUGGCGCAGUAUCGAUCGGUGCAGGCUAAUCUGAAUGUGCUGCCGUUUUGUAGCCAGUUUAUUCCGAUGGAGGUUAUCGAUGGGGCCAAGUUCGGGAGUAUCUGCUACCAUCCGUCAAUUUUGCCAAGACAUCGAGGGGCUAGUGCCAUCUCGUGGACGUUGAUUGAAGGAGAUGACGUGGCAGGGUUCAGUAUUUUUUGGGCUGACGAUGGCUUGGACACUGGGCCAGUAUUGUUGCAGAAACAGUGUCUGGUGAAUGGAGAUGAUACUUUGGACAGUUUGUACAAGAGGUUUUUGUAUCCGGAAGGUGUAACAUCGAUGGGAGAUGCCGUUGACAUGAUAGCGGAAGGGAGGGCUCCGAAGAUAACGCAAACGGAAGUUGGAGCAACGUAUGAUCCGGCUCUUUUUCGGGAGGAAAAUCAGUAUAUAAACCUGAACCAACCGGCUGAACGGAUUUUUAACUUUAUUCGGGGUCUAGAUUCAGUACCAGGAGCUCUGGCAGUUGUGCUGGACGAGGAUGGAAUUGAGAUUCCCGUGCGACUACAUGCUGCUUCACUUUGUGGCCCUGUAGAAUUGAAGAACGCGAAGCCGUUGAAGCUCAAGGGAGCCGUGGGUCCGGCAUUUGUUGAUAAGGAAGGACUAUUCCUUACUGCUGCCGAUGGAAUCAUGGUAAAAGUGAAGCGUUUGAAAAAAGGUAGCAAAAUGAUCCAAGCUAGUGAUUGGUUUGCGCAAGCUGGGAAGAAGAUAGUUCCCUUGGAACUAAAUGAACGAGAAAUGGAGAUGGAACAGAUUCUGAAAAACAUUUGGAAGUCUAUAUUGAAGGUUGAAAUCGAGUCCGAUACUGACUUUUUCGCUUGUGGAGCGGGUUCAAUGGACGUCGUGAGGUUAGUUGAAGAAGUCAAAGAUGCCCUGGAAGUUCCUUUAGAAAACGAACACUUGUUUAUGGCUCCUAGUUUUACUGAAUUCUUGAAUGAAGUUAUCGGUAGAACGAGAAAUGGUAGCAGUGAAGGCAGUUCCGGACCUCAGUUUGAUGGAAUUGUGUUGAAAGAGAACAAGAAAACGAUUUCCGUCCCUACGCAAAUGUUUGUAAACGGGCGUUUUAUUGACGCCGAGGGUAGGAAAACGCUGGACAUUGUGAACCCAACAACUGAGCAGGUGAUCUGCAAAGUAGCUGCAGCUUCCAGUUCCGACGUUGACUACGCCAUCAGAUGUGCUCAUGAUGCUUUCAAAGGAGCCUGGAGUCAGGUAUCAGCGAGGGAACGAGGACUUCUAAUGUACAAACUUGCUGAUCUUAUGGAACAACACAAAGAAGAACUUGCCACUAUUGAGUCCAUAGACUCUGGAGCCGUUUACACGUUGGCUUUAAAAACCCAUGUCGGUAUGUCGAUUGACGCUUGGCGAUAUUUUGCCGGAUGGACCGACAAAAUUGAAGGACAAACUAUUCCUGUUAACCCUGCUAAGCCAAACAACGUGUUAACCUUCACCAAGAGAGAACCAAUAGGAGUUUGCGGCCUUAUUACCCCAUGGAACUAUCCUCUGAUGAUGCUUUCUUGGAAAAUGGCUGCUUGCAUAGCAGCGGGUAAUACCGUAGUGAUAAAACCAGCUCAAGUGUGUCCACUCACUGCCCUGAAAUUCGCCGAGUUGACUGUCAAAGCUGGCUUUCCACCAGGUGUAAUAAACGUAGUUACUGGAGCAGGCUCCGUCACUGGUCAGGCCAUUUCCGAACAUCCUCUAGUUAGGAAGCUUGGCUUCACCGGUUCAACACCCAUCGGAAAGAAGAUCAUGACAGCAUGUGCGGAGUCCAAUAUCAAGAAGUGCUCAAUGGAACUGGGUGGAAAGAGUCCGUUGAUCAUUUUCGCCGAUUGUGACCUAGAUAAGGCUGUUCGCCUGGGAAUGUCUUCGGUUUUCUUCAACAAAGGUGAAAACUGUAUUGCCGCUGGUCGGUUGUUUGUCGAAGACAAAAUUCAUGACGAAUUCGUCCGAAAGGUGAUCAGGAACAUAAAAACCAUGACUAUCGGAGAUCCUUUGAACAGAGGUACUGCUCAUGGUCCUCAAAAUCACAAAGCUCACCUUGACAAACUUGUGGAGUACUGCGAACUGGGUGUUAAAGAAGGUGCUAAGCUAGUUUACGGUGGACGGCGAGUUCCGAAUAAGAAGGGAUUCUUCUUUGAACCAACUGUAUUUACCGAAGUGCAGGACCACAUGUUCAUAGCUAAGGAAGAAUCCUUCGGGCCAAUUAUGGUGAUCUCGAAGUUCCAUAGCAGCGAUUUCGAUGCUCUGAUUCAACGUGCCAACAGUACCGAGUAUGGACUAGCAAGUGGCGUUUUCACCAAAGAUAUUCGGAAAGCUUUACUUUUCGCCGAAAAAGUCGAAGCCGGGACGGUAUUCGUAAAUACGUACAACAAAACGGACGUAGCUGCUCCCUUCGGCGGAUUCAAACAGAGUGGGUUUGGAAAAGAUCUAGGAAAGGAAGCGCUCAACGAAUAUCUCAAAACCAAAUGCGUGACGAUCGAAUACUGAAUACCGGAAACCUAUUCAUCGGAUUUAUCGGAUCAAGUUAGACAAUAGUUUAAGAGUAUUGUGAAGCAAUGCGUGCAUUUAUUAAUUACGAAUUCUACUUAGUGAGUGAAACCGAAAACAAUUAAAUAUCUGUUGAAUCACUGUUGAAAGUGUGCUUGACAAAUAAAGCCUCGCCUUGUUGCUUUUGUUCA